AUGAGUGAUUCGAAGAAUCCUGCGGAGCCUGAGAGCUCCUCUAUGCUGCCACAGAGCGACCAAAAUGCUGCUGAUGCCCCUCAAGAGCUAAACCCUGCAGAAGCCCCUCCAGGUGCUGGGGAAAACAAUGCGAACGUGGCCCCGAAGACCAGCAAGGACCAGCGUGCGUUGGAGAUAUCUGAAAACGCCGUGAAGUACAAACGGGCUGCAGACGAGCCGAAGCAUCGUAAAAAGUCUGGAUGGCACGACGACAUUUUCGCUUCCUUCAGGCAUGCGAGUAAACUGGAUAUUGUCUUGAUUCUUUGUGGAGGCACUGCCAGUGCCAGCGUCGGGGCUUUGUUGCCGGUCUUCUUUCUCAUUUUUGGCAACCUUCUUGAGGAAAUGAGCACGACUCUGGACACCAGCUACUAUGUUAAAAUCAUGGCUUGGCUAGGAUUUGGAGCCUUCAUCGCAGCUUGGAUUUCGACGUCUUGUUUUGAAAUCGUCGCCGAUAGACAGUCGAAGGCGUUCAAGGAAUCUUAUUUUAAGUCGAUUAUUCGACAGGAAAUGGCUUGGUAUGACCAGUCCAACGUGGCCAGCUUAGCUUCACGCAUGGAAGCGAAUGUGGCUUCCAUCCGGAGCGGAAUCGGGUUGAAACUGUCAAUGCUUAUUCAGCUUUCCACAGUGGUUGUUGGCGCCAUUGCUGUUGGUUUUAUUAAAAGCUGGAAGCUUACGCUUGUCUCUGCGGCGGCAGUUCCCGUUGUCUUAGGUUUUGGCCUCUUGGUUGGUUGGGCUGUUCGCAAGCAGGAAAGCGACACUAUGGAUUCCUACGCCAGUGCUGGAAGCGUUAGUGAGGAGGCGUUUAUGUCAAUAAGAACAGUCGUAUCUCUUGGAAUAGAAGGAUUAAUGUCACAGAAAUAUAAAAGCAAGCUCGAGGAAGCUGAACGGGCCGCGCUUCAUGCAACCUUUUGGGUGGCAUUGGGCCUGGCUGGGUUGAUGACCUCAAUGUUCUUGAUGAGCUCUUUGGCCUUGUGGUAUGGAGGAGAGCUUCUGGCCAACAGCACAGAGGAUGCUCUUAAAGUCUUGACAGUUCCAGUGGACGAAAACGAUCCUUCUACGUGGCCAAAGCCGGAGUUCUCGGGUGCAAGUGCAAUUACAGUCUUCUUUUGCAUUUUCAUCGGAGCAUUUUCUCUGGGUCAAAUCAUCAACAAUGUCACGGCGUUGGUCAAGGCAAAUACUGCGGCAAUGGAUUUGGAAGAAGUCAUCGGACGGACUUCAGCCAUUGACCCGCUUGCCAGCGGAGGCCGUACGGAUGUCAAACUUGAUGGAGAUAUCGAGUUCAAAAAUGUUGCAUUUUCCUACCCAUCCCGACCAGAUCGUCCUAUUUUUACCAAUUUGAACCUUCGUAUCCCGGCGGGAAAGUGCGUAGCGCUUGUGGGAGGCUCCGGCUGCGGCAAGUCGACUAUUCUGCAGCUGCUUCAACGAGUGUACGACUGCGAUAGUGGUACUAUCACCGUUGGCGGCAUACCGACUCGGGACAUCAACGUGGCAACUCUAAGGCGACACCUAGGGGUCGUCAGUCAAGAGCCAAGACUUUUUUCAACCACCGUGAGAAAAAAUAUAGAACUUGGGUCACCGGAUCCAGUGACUAUGGAGCAAGUGAUCGCAGCAGCCAAAGAGGCAAACGCUGAUGGGUUCAUUACCCGCUUCCCUGAAGGAUAUGAGACGGACUGCGGCGCCUACGGAGGACAACUGUCGGGCGGUCAGAAGCAGCGUAUUGCUAUCGCGAGAGCACUUAUCCGUCGUCCGAACAUUUUGAUUUUCGAUGAAGCCACUUCCGCUCUGGACACUCAAUCUGAGAGGGUCGUCCAGGAAGCUCUUGACGCACUGGUUCAAACAAGCAAAGCUACAACACUGAUUGUUGCCCACCGCCUCAGUACAAUCCAGAAUGCAGACCUUAUUAUCGUGCUGGAGCCAUCGCCUCAAGGAGCUACUGUCGCACAGCAGGGAACUCACCACGAGCUUAUGAAAGACACGUCAGGGCUGUAUUAUCACUUAGUCUCCAGCCAGAUUGUCCCCACCGUCGAGGAAACUGAGGAUGACACGAAACCUCAACAAGUCAAGCGGGAAGAGUCUGAAGUUGAUGAUAUCGAGGCCGCUGCACCGAACCAGACGUGGCGGGAGUCCAUGAAACAUGUGGGAGGGUCUAUUGCUCGUGCUUCUCGAUCACUGACGCACAGCCCGAAUUUUCGCACCUACAGGAUUAUUUUGAAGCACUGGGCAGUUGUGCUCCUGACUCUUAUUGCAGCAGCUUGUGCUGGUGUCAUCUUCCCUGUCUUCGGCUACUCGUUCGCGCACUUCAUCUCCACCUACUUCAGCCCUGAUCCUCAGGCCAUUCGUGAUGGAGUUGCGAAGUGGGCGUUGAUUCUCGUUGGCCUGGGAUUCGCCCAAGGAAUAGUGGACGCAAUCAAGAUCUUCGGCAUAGAUUUCUGUGGCUAUAAAGUCGCAACGGCUUUACGAGAAAGGGCUUUCCACCAAACCGUUCACCAAGACAUUGCCUUCUUCGAUUUGACUGAAAACAAUGCAGGGAAAUUGUGCAGCAUUCUGAGUGCGGAUGUCCUCGACGUCAAGGUUGGAUGCACCGGCAACGUGGUUUCGGUCGUUCAAGUUUUUGCAUCAUUCGCCACCGGUCUUAUUAUUGCGUUCUGCGGCGAGUGGAGGCUGGCUCUGGUCAUCCUCGCGUUUUGCGUGCUAUUGGUUCCGGCUAACGUCAUCGAGGCCAAAAUGGGCAACCCAGCACCUACACACAAAGUACGACACGGUGAUGAAGUGAAAGGCGCCCCCAUGAUCAUGAACCAGGCAACUUCUGGAAUCCGGGUGGUCAGUGCGUUUGGUCUUGAAGAGGUAUUCAUCAAAAGCUACGUCGAAAACAUUGAGAAGGAACAGUCGACGAAGGUCAAAGAAGGACUUGUCCUGGGGCUUGCCUACGGCUUUAGCCAGGCAGUAAACUUUUUCGUGAACUGUCUCGCGUUGUGGUACGGCGGCAAGCUGGUGGCUGAAGAGGGUGUGAAAUCUGAAGUGGUCACGCAGACAAUCUUCGCGCUUACUUUCGCGGUCUCGUCUGUUGGACAAACUGUUCUGUUCACAACGGAUUCGGGGAAAGCGACAGCUGCGGGCCGCCGUGUGUACGACCUGAUAGACAGACCCUCCGAGAUCGACGUGCGCGACUCCGGAGGGAAAGUUUUAAGCCACGAGACAUUCAAAGGAGAGAUAGAUGUUGACCGCAUCAACUUCACUUACCCCACGAGACCCGACAAUAGAGUCUACAGAAAUCUCACAUUUUCCAUCAAGGAAGGCGAAGCUGUUGCUUUAGUUGGGGCUUCGGGUUGUGGAAAGUCCACCAUUGUGCAGCUGGUGGAACGCUUUUAUGACUUGAAAAGCACCUACAAAGUCAAGCCGGUGUCUCAGUCAGAGCAGGGGGAGCCGAACAAAGAAGCUGAACGCGUGCACAUCAGCGAGGGGAGGAUUCUGCUGGACGGCGAUGACCUUCGUGAACUUAAUGUUGUGUCAGUCCGCCAGCAGGAGGGUCUGGUUAGCCAAGAACCUAUUCUUUUUGACAUGACAAUUGAAGAAAACAUUGCGAUAUCCAAGCCAGGGGCCACUCAGGAAGAAAUUCGAGAGGCAGCGAAGCUCGCAAAUGCUGCUGGAUUCAUUUCAACUUUCCCCGCUGGCUACGACACCAAUGUGGGAUCAGGCGGAGCGCAGCUAUCUGGAGGGCAGAAACAACGGAUUGCAAUUGCAAGAGCGCUGAUCAGGAAGCCUCGUCUUCUUAUUUUAGAUGAGGCCACAUCUGCACUGGAUGUGGAAAGCGAAAAGAUAGUGCAGCAGACGAUUGACGAGCUGCUGGCGGCGGAGAAGCGCAGCACGAUCAUAAUUGCCCACAGGCUGUCCACUGUUCGCAACGCCGAUAAAAUUGUGGUUCUGACGAACGAAGACAAGCGCGGAAGCCGCGUCGCGGAAGUGGGAACUCACGACGAACUGAUGCAAAUCAAAGGCGGUUUGUACAGAACCCUCGUUGGACUUGCCAACAUUCGUUCGGAGUGA